AUGGCGACCACUAAGUUAGCGUUUACGGUGUUUUUGUUUACGAUAGCUGAAGUGCGGUGUGAAUUUCGCAGAAUCAAUCUGCUAUCUACGAAUAAAGAUGUAGUUUGGACUCUAAGCAAUAACAAAAUACAGGUGCCCGGAACGGUGCCCGGUGGUGUUUAUUCCGAUUUGCAGAAGGCCGGUGUCAUAGGUGACAUCCUGUCUGGUUUUAACGACGUGCAGACACGUUGGGUGGCACACGACACAUGGACUUACACAGCCAAUUUCACAGUGAACAAGAACGCCUUCAGAUUUUCGGUUGUCAAUUUGGUUUUCGAAGGAGUAGAUACAGUUGGAUUUGUUGAAAUCAAUGGUUCACCAAUCGGCACCACUAACAACAUGUUCGUGAGAUAUGUCUUUGACGUUAAAGAACGAUUAAAGAUGGGCGUAAACGAACUGAAAAUAACAUUCGCGUCGCCAGUUGAAGUGGCCCGAAUUCGUUCCAAGAAGCAUUUCGCUGCGCCCGUCUGCGUUCCGGAUUUGUACAACGGAGAGUGUCACGCUAACCAAUUACGAAAGAUGCAGGCAUCGUUCGGUUGGGAUUGGGGCCCGGCUUUCCCUUCGGUCGGCAUUUGGAAACCGGUGUUUCUAGAACUUUAUGACGGCGCUUUAAUACGCUCGUUGAGUACUCGUAUAGAGAUGAAAGACCUCGACUGGCAUUUAAAGGUUAUUGCUCACGUCGAAACUGGUACAAAGAAGAAGCGUUUGAAAGGCUUCCUAAGCGCCUCGUUAGAAGUCGACGGUGGUCAAUCGUUAAUGAUCGGAAGGGAUGUUGAAGUUGUAACAAGGGACGACGGUACGGGCGAAGUGGAACUCGAUAUGAACGUUCCUCGUAACGUAGUCAGUCUUUGGUGGCCCAACGGUUUUGGUGACCAGCCGUUAUAUGACCUUGAAGUUUCUUUGAAAACGCGCCGUAAUUGCGAUGACGUCUUCACAAAACGCGCAAAGAUCGGUUUCCGAACGUUAGAAGUCGUCGAAGAGGAUGCGUCCAAAAUUUUCAAAAACACAACAGCUGGAAGGGGUCUCACGUUCUACUUCAAAGUGAAUGGUUAUCCAAUCUUCAUGAAGGGCUCGAAUUGGAUACCUGCAAAUAUUUUACCCGAGCUCGGAUAUGACGAAAAAACAGUCGACGAUCUUCUAUUAGCAGCGAGGGACACUCACAUGUCAAUGCUCCGAGUUUGGGGAGGAGGCGUUUAUGAGUCGGACUAUUUCUACGAGAGAUGCGAUCAGCUUGGCAUUUUGAUUUGGCAAGAUUUUCUGUUCGCCUGCUCCAUGUAUCCCGCUGAUCAGGAAUUUCUCGACACUGUCAAAGUGGAAAUCGAACAGACUGUGACCCGUCUGCAGCGGCAUCCGUCUAUUGCGAUCUGGGCGGGCAACAACGAGAACGAAGUGGCACUAAGGGGCAACUGGUACGGGACGGUGGCGCAGUUCUCCAAGUAUAGAGAGGAAUACAUAAAACUGUACGUCGACACGAUUGGGCCGAUAGUGCGGGCGCUAGAUCCGGGCAGGCGCUAUCUCGUCUCCAGCCCGUCGAACGGUCUGGAAUCGGUACGCGAGGGCUACAUAGCCCGCAACCCGUACGACCCCCAUUACGGCGACACCCACUACUACAACUACUUGGCGGACAACUGGAACCAGAACAUUUACCCCAACACGCGCUUUGCGUCUGAAUACGGCUUCCAAUCGCUGCCUUCCUUGAAAACUAUGGCCACGGCGACGAACAACACGGCCGACUACGCGGUCAACAGCGAGUACUCGAAGCACAGACAACACAGCCCCAAAGGGUACGAAUUCAUAACGGACCAAAUGACUCGACAUUUGAAGCUGAGCAAGAGUGCUCCGGAUUAUUUCGAGAAGUUCGUUUUUUACAGUCAGAUCAGUCAAGCGAUGGCGAUAAAAGCCGAGACGGAAUUCUACCGGCAAAGUCAAGCCGACUGGUACACGAUGGGUGCCCUCUACUGGCAACUGAACGACGUAUGGCAAGCUCCAUCUUGGUCAAGUAUUGAGUAUGGCGGGAAAUGGAAAAUGCUGCAUUACUUCGCCAAGUCGUUCUUCGCGCCCGUACUAGUGUCACCUCGCAUGCUCCUCACUGAUAUAGUUGAUGUGUACCUUAUUAACGAUCGACUAGUCCCAAUUGUGGACGGCAAGAUAACUGUACAGUAUUACAAUUGGAGCAGUUUAGUGCCGUUUAAGUCGCAGCAAUUUCUCGCCGACGCUGGAGUGUUGAGCACCGAAAAGCAGACGUCAGUGGGAUUGUGGCAUUUUGAUAAAUCCGAAAUCUUCCUGAGGUUUUCGCUGGAAUUUGAGGGAGUGCAGUACUCGCCUCAUAAUUUCGUAUUUCCGAAACCGUUGAAGGAUAUCAAAGGACUAAAGGAGCCUCACAUAAAGAUAACCGUUUCGAACGGCUUAAAACAAAGGUCGAAGGUGGAAUACAGACACAUUGUGAACAUUCAGGUGGAUACAGUGGUCCUGUUUCUUUGGCUGGAAACAGAUUUGCCACAUGGCCGGUUCCUUGACAACGGCCUUGUGAUAUCGCAAUCGCUAACAUCUGUGGACUACAUAACGCGUAAACGCAUAUCUGCGGCGGAAUUGAAAAGGAGCAUAUCGUAUAAAUACUACAUGAAC